AUGGCCACGUCGAAUUCGGUCAAAGACCCGCUGCUGGAACAGAUUGAAGCAGACGAUCCUACACCAAUCAAUGAUCUUCCAAAUCCAUCCUCGACGAAUGCCAGGGCGCCAGUUGUCCUCACUCCGACAAACCGUGCGCACGCAAGUGCAACGCCAGAGGACUUAGAGGCAGGUCUAGCUGGAAUCUUUAGAGCUAGCUCCCAUCCUGUGGCCCUUUUCUUUCUAUACCUAUUUAGAAUCCUCGCUAUCGUUAUUUAUAUCAUUGGGGGUUUCCUCACGGACGAUUAUGUCCUUUCGACCGUCGCCGUUGUUGUGCUAUUAGCAGCAGAUUUCUGGAAUACGAGAAACGUGGCGGGUAGGACGCUCGUAGGACUUCGAUUUUGGAACUUUGUUGAUGAAGAAGGCCAAAGCCACUGGGUGUUCGAGGCACGAGAUCCUUCACGACCAGCCAAUGCGAUUGAUUCAAAAAUGUUCUGGACCGCAUUAUACGUGUUUCCGCUCUUAUGGGUCGCGUUGCUCAUCAUUUCCAUCCUAAAACUCAAUCUCUCUUUUACCCCAAUCGUUGCCCUUGCCCUCGUCUUCAACAUUACAAACGUCGUUGGAUUCACAUACGCCGACCGCGAUGCCAAAGCCCGAUGGGCAAACAGUGUCGUCAGCAGUAAUUGGGACAUGGGUUUCGGAGGAUACGGUGGCCAGAUUAUGGGCACCGUGGUCAAGCAGAGCGUCGGUCGCUUCUUCCGCUGA